CCUGAUAGUCCUCGCUUCCAUGACGGCCGCGAGGCGACCGACCACUUUUGUCAAGUAUUUCUUCAGCGCUAUUGCUCUGAUGGGUCAGCUGGGGAGCCACCACCUUUCGCUGUCUGCACUUUCGAGGAGGCAAUGGAAGCCACUGUGAAUUCACCUCGUUUGAGCACGGUACGCUGA